UUCAACAGUCACAUAACCCAGAUUCUGUUUCAGCUCCAAACUAAGACUUGCCUGUGAGUACAAUCCAAGGAAAAACAGCUGCCUCAGGAGUAGUCACAUUUUCUCACUGUGAGAGAAGUGAAAGUGUAUUCUCUCUGCAAGAUUAAUAUGCACUGGCACUGCUUAUGUUGCACAGAUUUCACAACCAGUGUACACUCCAGUUUUCAGUUGGAAAAAUGCACUUCAACAUGGCCAGCAAACCAGAAGAGAUUCAGUUACUGGUAAAUUAUCAUUAUCAUGCAACAGGCCAACUCAAAUCAGCUGAUUUUGCCCUAAAGGACUUAGAAUCACUUCACAUGUUUUGCAUAAUUUACAGGGGAAAAAAAUUAUGGGAAAAAAAUUACAUUAUGAAUAGCCUGCUCAUGAAAGAACAGUGUCCCAGUGUUUUCUGAAUUCUCUCGCAGUGUCAGGAACUGGUCAAGCCAGAUCUCUCAAAAGCCCUGAGCCACAUCCUCGCACAGGAAUUAAUUCCCACUUUAUCUCAUGACUCACAACAUCUUUUUAUGGCUGAGACUUUCUACCCAAUACAACCGGGCACAGAGGGCACAAGCUGAUCCCUCCCAAGUUUAUUACACUACAGUAUCAGCUGCUGGAUGUUUACCUCCAGUGUGUGUAGUUAAGUUGAGGGAGGAGACUUGAGGAGGGAGGGACAGGAGGACACACCUGUCAAGAGAGAAGAAGAAACCGUAGAGCAGAGCAGCGCUGCUACCUACGGUCUCAGAGGAGCGCAGGAGAGAAUGCCUUCUAGCUAAGGGAAGCACACUGGUGGCGGUGUCUAUCCAUCGACUGCAGAGAGGGGAGAUCAAUAUGGGUGGCAAUAUAAGUCAGAAGAAGAGCAGCAGGCAAGCCAGCUCAAGGAGUCACACCACCAAUUUCACCUCUGACUCAGAGGGUCAAUUUGACACUCCUGAAGCAGCAACUCCUGUCCACGUCCCUCCGACCUUCCCAGGAGAGCUGGAGAACAACAACACUGAUGCAGACAAAACAGAUCUGGAUAAGGAGGAGCACCUGAUAGUGACAGCUCCUCUUUGGGAUCAGGAUAUAUUGCUCAGCCACAACAUGGGUCAGGAUGAGCCUGUGGUCCCCAUGGGUGGCCCACUGGAGGUAAACAUCCAGACCCUGGAAGCAGAACAAACAGAGAAUCUCCCAGAAGCCUUGGGCUCUGUGCCUGUCCCUGCUUCAUCCUCAGUGAAGGAAACACCUGAAAUGGUUAAAUGCACAGCGCCAUCCUCUGAGCCAUCCCAAGACCCAGUCCCCAUCCUAGUUGCAGAUCCUGUCCCGGAUGUGGCUCCAGCUCCAACUGACGCUCCUGCUCCUGCUCCCGCUUCAACCCCAGAACCAGACUCAGUCCAGAGCAGUGAACCUGCAGCCAGCCCAGCUCCAGAGCCCCCUGAGCAGAAACCUCUUGCUGAACCAGAACCACAGUGCAAUGGCCUGAACCAGACAGAGCCCAUUCAAAAGACUAAAACCAGCAAGUCUAAGCCUCCAGCCCUGAAGGUAAAGGCCUCCCUUAAUGAGUUUGCCCAAACAAACGAGGAAGAAGAACUUCCUGUUCCCAAGGCCACUUACAAAUUUGAUCCUGACCAGCUGGAUGACAGCUUUAACCCCUUCACGAGCGGCGGAUCCAAAAUCCAGAACUCUCCCCCACCGUGUGGUUCAAGCUCUCCCCCAAGACUCGAGCCACUCGGUGGCUCAUUGCCUGUCUGUGAGGCCAGCCCAGCAGCUCCAGCAGAAGUGGAAAUGAUGGAGUCAUCAUCAGAGGCGAAGUCUGUGAUGCUGGAGUUCACUCUAGACGAGGGGACAGUCAACAAGCCACGUCCGAGGAAAUUAGGUGGUAAAAAGACAAUCAGCAAACUCGCAGCUAAGAAGCAGAAGCCCAAAGGAUCAGAGGCUUCCUGCAGACCUGCACCAGAACCCGCAGUGUCAGAACCAGUUUCUCAACCAGUGUCAGAACCAGUUUCUCAACCAGCGUCAGAACCAGUUUCAGAUCCUCUUCCAGAAACUGCUUUGCCACUUUCAGACUCUCCUGCUCCUCUGAGCCUUGACGAUGUUCCUAUUCCUAAAGCGGGAACAUAUAACUUCGAUCCCAGUCAGUGGGACGACCCGAACUUCAAUCCGUUUGGUAGCAGUAGCACGAUAAGCAGCUCUCCAGUGCUUCCUAAGACCUCCUACAGUUUUGAUCCAGACAAUUUUGAUGACUCUGUGGACCCUUUUAAAUCCUCCAAAACCCUAAGCACCGAGGACUCAUCCAGUAGCACCCCUCAGCCGGAGAAACAAGUCAAAGACAGAGGCAAACAGAAAGCAGGGAACCCGGUGGGGGAGAAGAAACUGCGGCAGAUUCCCAAGAAAAGCAAAGAGAGGACAAUCAUGAAUUCCUGUAAAGUUCAGAAUUAUGAUGAGAGCCAGUCCUUGGUGCUUGACGUGUGCAAUCAGGGGGAGGAUGAGGUGGUGGUUCAGACACCAGAGAUCACUCAGCGAGUUCAUCACGCCACUGAUGAGGAGAAGCUGGCCUCCACUGGCAUUAUGGGCCAGACAACAGACAGCCAGGAGGAGAGAGGAGAACCCGAAUGCAAUAAAGCACCAGUGAAAAAACAGCCGACCAGUGAUGUAUCUGUUAUGGAUGAUCCUGAGACUAUGAUGGCAGAUCACCUGGAGGAGAAGGACACCUGCAGUCUGAAAGAUGAUAUAAGUGAGAUAUCCAUGAACCAAACAACAAAGGUGACCAGCGGUGAGGCCCCGGACACAGCAGCCCUGUCCCAGGACAACAUACCUCUCAGCGAGAUGGACAAGGCCACAGUGCUCACCCUGAUCAGAGAAGAAAUCAUCACUAAAGAGAUUGAGGUCAAUGAGUGGAAGAGGAAGUACGAGGAGAGCAGAGCUGAGGUUUUGGAGAUGAGGAAAAUAGUUGCAGAAUAUGAGAAAACAGUUGCACAGAUGAUUGAGGACGAGCAGCAGCAGAAGACCCUGUCCUGUAGUAAGUCAGUCAGGCAGUUGACCAUAGAGAGGGAUCAGGCCAUGGCCGACCUCAACUCUGUGGAGCGGUCCUUCGCUGACCUCUUCAGGAGGUAUGAGAACAUGAAGGGAGUCCUGGAGGGCUUCAAGAAGAAUGAGGAGGUGCUGAAGAAGUGUGCGCAGGACUACCUGAUGCGGAUCAAGCAGGAGGAGCAGCGAUACCAAACCCUCAAGGUGCAUGCUGAGGAGAAACUGGACAAGGCUAAUGAGGAGAUAGCCCAGGUACGUUCCAAGGCCAACGCUGAGGGUGUCGCACUAAACGCCAGCCUGAGGAAGGAGCAGAUGAAGGUGGAGUCACUUGAAAGAGCUGUCCUUCAAAAGAAUCAAGAGAUCGAGGAGCUCACUAAGAUCUGCGAUGAACUGAUCGCCAAACUGGGAACAGAAUAAGACGCCUUUAAUCACACUCUCACAGCAACAUUGAUGUAAAUUCUGUGCAUGAUCACACUUCCGCACAUGUCAACCUUUCUUUCUCUCUGCUCAUGAUUUUGUAAAUAUAUAUUAUUGAAAUACGGAAUACAGAACUUUUUCUUAAUACAGAAGUUCUUCUGAUCUUUUCAGACUGAAAUAUCAAACCAGAACAACAAUUGUUCAUUGUGAUAAUCAUGUCAGUUGAAGAAGCACAAAGUUAUUACGAGGUGUAUUUUAAUUAUUUUGAAGGAGGAAUGAUUUAUCAAUCUUUGGUUUAGGAUUUACAGUAAAGGCUCAUUUUUAUGGUUGAAAGAUUCAUCAGUUUUUUACUAGUUUGUUGUAUUACAAAGAAUUUCCAUUACCAUUAUAUACAGCAUGUUUAACACAAAACUGUAGGAAAUAAUGCGGGAACUAAGGGAAAGACGAUGUGGACGCACAGCACAGAGCAUCUUUUACCACAGUGCUCUACACUGUAAUAAACCGUGUUGAUGAUACGGUCUUCAGAAAGGACACAUCUCUCUACAGAGUGCCUGAACUGAUCAUAGUGUAUUAGUUUUCUGGCCUAUAAAUAUUUCUUGCUGCCAUUUCUUUUGUGAUACUGCUGGUUAUCUUCUUUCAUCAGCAAAUGAACUGUAAGUAAUAUUACAGAGUAUUUUUUAAAUUGCCUUUGUGUUUGUCUGUCUUUCUUUUGUAACUGGGUAACAUAUACAGUGUGUGAUAAAGUCCUCAGUUAUGCAGAGUUUGAAGUUAAACCGCAGAGUUUGGACAUCAUGUACAUUGCUGCCCCCCCCCCAAAAAAAAAACCCUCUGGGAUUGUUAAAUAUGAAGAGCACUUAAGAGAAUCAUAUCUUAAAUUCUGUUCUAUAAUAUGGGUGGAAACUAAAGUUUAGUUUGAAGCUUAAGUAGUACAAACUUUGCUCUUAUUAUACUGUAAUAUUAAACCAUGUGCCAUGUUUAAUUUUCUCGCUCUGCAUUUGAGUGUGGAAAAGUUAGAAUCACAUUCUGUCGCUGCCAUGUUGAUAUUGUUGGACUGUAUUCAUAUUUUAUCUGUGAGCCCAAAUGUUGCUGGUGUGCCUUUAUUUUAUCUAUUUUGUAAAAAAGAAAGUUCCUUCAUGCAGUUGUUUUCAAACUCUGUUGCCAAAGUGUACUGUAUACAGUAUAUAUCUUUUAUGAUCAAAAUAUCCUGAACAGUGAGUUAUAAUGGGUUUGCAGUUUUAAUGCUUUACCUGCAGUAGAUGAAUGGCCGUAAAUGGUGGGCUACAUUACUCUUUAAGGGGAAGGUCUGUGUUUUGGUGAGCAGAGGUUCAUCAUGUAAUAAUAUCUCCAUUGCUAACAUCAGCAUUUUCUGGUCUGAUUGAUCCCGAAGGAGCGCACAAGUGCAUUUUUGGUCGGAUGUGUUUCAGGUAAGGACAGAUUCUUGUAUGUCAGCACAAUCAAUUGCCAAAUGUCAUUGUAAAAAUGACAGUGUGUCCUGUUGUAGUGGUGUUACAUUAGUCUGAAGGUGCUUUUCAAUGCAAAUCCAUUGUUACAGUACAAUAUGUGUAAAUUUUAUACUUUAUGAAAAGAAUAUUCUGAAUUUUGUUCCUAAUAUUUGUAAAAUUGAAGAAUUAAAUGUACUAAGAUUUUAUGUUAACUGCUAUAUUUUGUGCAUUCCUGAAUAAAUGGUUAAGAUUUGAUAUUA